AUGAAGAAUUUGUUUAUGGAGAAAGUUCUGGACCCUCAAAAAAUUUGUCAUUACACAGGGAUGACCAAAGAGUGCUUUGAAUUGAUUUUCCAACACAUCGAGGAAAAAAGUCAGCGAAUGAAUACGUGGAAAGGGACAAAAAAGACAAAGACAGGAAAAAUUGAUAAUAAAUAUUUACAACAACGAAGAGAACUUUCUAAGCUGACACCAAAGGAGCAAUUUGUAUUUACCCUUGUGAGACUAAGACGAAGCCCAAGCAUUAUUAUGUUGUCUGACCUUUUUGGAGUAUGUGCAAGAACUGGCAGCCAAAUAUUUAUUUCUUGGGUUUUGUUUUUAAGUAAGGAACUAAAGUUCCUUUUACCCUUCUCCACUAUCUCAGAUUUAAAGGGAAUAACCAGACCCAAAGGAUUUAAGAAAAAAGAAAACCUGAGAGCCAUAAUAGACUGUACAGAGUUUUAUAUAGAAAAACCUUCAAAGCCAUCCUUCCAGAGAUCAACGUACAGUCAAUAUAAGUCUGCAAACACGUUUAAAUUGCUUAUCUCCAAGUCACCUACUUGUCAUAUUAAUUUUAUUUCAAAGUUGUAUAGUGGUAGCAUAAGUGACAAAGAAAUUGUAACUAAAAGUGGAUUCUUGCAACAGUUGCAGCCAAAUGAUGAAGUUAUGGCGGAUAAGGGCUUCAACGUUCGGGCUCUUCUUGCUUUACAUGAUGCAAUUUUAAUUAAACCUCCAGUUAUGAAGAAAGGUCAUGUGUCUGCCAAAGCAACAACAGCAACACGGCGUAUUGCCACUUCACGAGUCCACAUUGAAAGAAUGAUUAGACUUUUGAAAUUGUUUACAAUACUAAAAGGAACAAUACCUCUGACCUUAAAACCCUACAUAGAUGAUAUUGUAACAGUUUGUGCUUGUUUAGUGAAUUUGCAACCAAGUGUUAUUAAAAAUAAUGAAACAUAAUUAAGUAGUAAUUUGAAAUUUGUUUAUAAAAUUACUUCAAAUAGCAGGCUAGUAACAAAGUAAUUGUGAGAUCUGCAGAAGGAUGAGUGUAAUAUUUGAGAUUAAGGAUUAAAUAUCAGAUUUUGAGCCCUGGGAUCAUGCACAAAAAAAUAUAUAUCUAUAGUUACUAGCCUGGUUAUUAGGUUAAGAUCUUAAAUCAAUUAAAAUUUAUGUUUCUGCUUUGUUAAUCUUAUCUGUUUUCGAACAGAGACUCUAGGUGUAUUCUCAAUUCAGUCCUGUUGUUUUCUGCAGCAAUUGGAUCAAACCAGUCAUGAACAGCAUGUACAUAAGCAUUGGGUUUGCUUUCAUAUAUUUCCAGGUCCUAAAAUGGAGUAAAAUACAUAUGACUUUACAAAUAAUUAAUCCAAAACUGUAAACAUUGUAGAAUUAUAUACCUCAAGAAAAUGUUUUAAGAACAUGGUCAUGUAUAGUCCACAGUUAUUGCUAUCUAGUGGCUGCUGUGGUACCUAUAUAGAGAAUACAAAAAAAAUUGAUUAAACACUAGUAAUAAUCAUAUAAUAAACU